AUGGCAUUUUAUCUUAUAAACACAGCUUCGAAAAGAAAAUUACAAAAAGACAUAGAAGGACUUCAAUUACGUAACUUGGAAAGACAAUAUUCAGAAGAAUUAACAACAAUCGCAACUGAAAUUGAAUUAACAACAGAACAGCUAACGGAACAAAAGAAUAUGCUAUCUCUUGCUCGACAUCAAAUUUCACUAGUGGAGAUAUGCACAACAUCAGAGAAAUCCAAAAUACAAAACGCGAUAACUGAAUUAAACGACCAUAAAAGAAGUUUUGUGGACGAAUUUGACAAAGUGCGCGUUAUAUCAGAGAUGCGCAAGAGAGAGCUGAAACAAAGCGAAGAAAAUGAACUAGAGUUAUUACGCCAAAGAGAAAAAGAAACUGAGCAAAAGAAUGAACAAAUAUUGAAGCAAAUCAUUUGCGUCGAAAAAGAGUGUGAUGACAUUGAACGCGAAUGUGCAGUCUUGAAAAAACGAAACCACGCCAUUAUGCUGAAAAUGAGACGUAAGUUGGUAGAAACAGAAAAUGUUCGAAAAGAGCUUAUGAAGAAUAAUUAAGGAUGUUGAC